AUGAACACAGCCCUUGCUGUCUUUUGCGUAGUUGCCGUCAUCGUAGUUAUCUUCACGGAGGCUGUUUCAGAUCGCAGAACUCAGAAUCGACCAGACGUCUGCAAUUUACCACCCCCCAAGAGGCCCCCAAGACCGGUUCCAUAUGGCUAUGAAAUAUACUACUUCGACCAAGGGGAACGAAAAUGCAAAUGCUUCAGGCAUUAUGUGUUCAGUGGAGAUUUAGGAGGAAAUUCAUUUCACAGUCAUAAGGCCUGUAGAACGAAAUGCAAAGGUGCCACCUUCUCAGUUUGCCCAAGACGAGGAGGAAAACAGUGA